AUGUCAUUGAUCCGAUCAGCAAGCGGUCCUGCUGGUGGUUUAAGCAUCAACACCGGUGCUGCUAAUGCCUUCGGAAAUACUGCCUCUAAGCCUUCAGCCGCUGGAAGUCUCUUUGGGUCAUCUGCCUCUGCCACUCCUACCAACACUACGACAACAGCGCAACCCGCAGCAGGCAACAUGUCUCUCUUCGGCGCCGCCGCACAAAAGCCGGGAGGUCUUUUUGGUCAAUCGACAACAGGAACCACACCUGCGCCCGCAUCUGGCGGUGGUCUCUUUGGAAAUGCAGGCGCUACAAACACUCAGCAGACUCAGAGCACCGGUACAGGACUCUUUGGUAACGCAGCCGCGAAUAGCACCCAACAACAAGGAAACACUCAACAGUCGACGACGACCGGUACGGGACUCUUUGGUCAAUCGACUCAGCAGAACCAAACCCAGCAGCAACCUCAGCAAACAGGCACAGGCCUCUUUGGACAGGCCGCAGCAACAAACACCCAGAGCAACACAGGAACUGGUCUUUUCGGACAGUCUCAAGCAAAGCCUGCUACCCCGGCGACUGGUCUAUUUGGUCAAGCUCAACCCCAGCAGCAACAGCAGAACAACACACUAGGCCAAUCCACGAACCAAGUCUCAGCCGUUCAGAUUAACUACGACAACAUCCGCCCACGCAGCCGAUUCGACGAUCUUACCAAGCCCGUACAAGAUGAAAUUGCGCUUCUGGACAAGGGUAUCCAACGAGUUAUCAAGAUGCGAGACGAGAUUGGUGAAUUCAUGCCUCAACACGAAAAGGACAUCGAACAGCUCGGUCUCGACGUUAAGUUCGUCGAGUCUAAGUUCCGUACCGUUCAAGUCGCUCUCAACAACGAUAUUCAGACCGUCAAGGCCCUUCAAGAUCAGACCCGAAAGAACGCUGCCGACGCUCGACUAUGUUUCCGAGGCGCCGACAACCUCAAACUUCCUACGCACUACCACCAGACUGGUCUAUUCGCUAGCCAAGCACCUGCUGCCGAUACCAACGGCGCCGAUGCUGCGUCAACACAUGCUGAUGCCCAGGAUCUGAUUACAUACUUCAACCGCAUCUGCGACGAUAUCGAGAAAUACAAGGCACGUCUGGAUGAGUACCGUGGAGAUAUUGAGAGAGAUAUGCCUGGAGUCGAAAACGGUCUCUAUGAACAGAUUCGGGCUCUGCGCGAUCGCAGCGCUGGCAGCGUAGUUGUGCAAGAUCAGCUGAACGAGGUGCUGUUGGCGCUAAGAGACACAGGAAGUGCCAUUGUUGCGCAGGCUGGACAGAUUGCUGAUACCCGAGAACGGUUGUCACGUCUCCAGGCUGGCAUCGUGGAUAGUGGAGUUUAUGCCAUGGGUAUGAAUGCUUAG